AUGGAAAUGUUUACAGAUAACUCUUCUGAAGAUGGAGAAAGUGUUGAUAUUUCUAUAGAAUCCGACUGCGACGAGUUCACUGAUGAUUCAGAGUUAUUAUGCUGGGGUAAAGAUACUGACUACGAUGAUACUUCCAAAGCUAAGAGGCCAAACACUUGUAUUGAUGACUCGGAUAUCAGCCUGAUAUGUUCCACUUUUCGCUCAUACCGCCGCAUAAGAAAAUAUGAGGUGAAUCUCCAUGACUUCAACUUGGGUAAGGAAGAGUUGAAUGUUUCAGGUGAAAGCAAUGCUGUAGCUUUCAAUGAUCCAGAAACCACUGAGUUUAGCAAAGACGAUGCCCCGAUCGACUUAGGCUCCAACAGUCAAUCAAGCCCUUCGGAAAGUAGCCCUCCAAUCCUUCGUGAUAAUACAAAGGGUUGCAAAAUGUCAAGAAAGUCACCAAAGGAAUUCUUCACGCUAAUUGGUGCUUUGAUGGAAGAUUUGAAUGCUGAUUCAAAAAUACCUCCAUCUGAAGUGAAAAGCUUGUACCACAUUGGUGCACAUUACGUGGGUGCCAUCGCUGAGGACGUACUGUCACUCUUGACUCUAGCAUUUACCACUUGUAAGCAGUUCACAACAGAGCUAAGACGGCUUGCAGCAUUAGCUACCCGAGCAAUUCUGCUUCUCAACAAUGAGGAGCAAUCUGUCGAGGAAUAUGGACUUCAGGCAUUUCAUGAGCAAGUGAGACAGAGCUAUAUGGGCUGUGAAAAACUCUUGAGAGACAUCCAGCUCCUCAAAGCUGACGUUGACGUUAAACGAACUUUUUGGCAUAACAACACAUCUGAAACAAUUGACCUUGUGCAUGAAGUUUGUCAAGUUGACACUCUGGUAGAACGGAUUUACCAGCAUUACUUAUCAGGAGUUGACGAAUUGGAUUUUAAGGAGCCAUGGUUACAGUUUCCCCAAUAUCGUUCUUAUAAUAACGCCAUCAAAUUUUUACUUUCUGAGGAGCCCCAUUGUAUGAUGGAUGGUUUGGAACUUGAUAUGGCGCAAGUGCUGGUUGAUUUGAGGGAGUUGGAAGAAAGCGUUAAAGUUCUAAUGGAAGGACAUGAAGGAAAGCUUUAUUGA